AUGGUCCCUAUUCCAGCCGGGGUGUUUACAAUGGGAACUGAUGAGCCCAUUAUAAAACAAGAUGGAGAAGGGCCUGGAAGGAGAGUCCACAUUGGUCAUUUUUUCAUGGAUCGCUACGAAGUCAGCAAUGCAGAGUUUGAGAAGUUUGUGAAUGCUACUGGCUAUGUUACAGAGGCAGAAAAAUUUGGUGAUUCCUUUGUAUUUGAAGGCAUGUUGAGUGAAGAAAUGAAGAAGGGGAUUCAUCAAGCUGUUGCAGUUGCUCCUUGGUGGCUGCCAGUUAAAGGAGCAAACUGGAAGCACCCAGAAGGCCCUGAUUCUGAUAUCUUAAAGAGGCUGGACCAUCCAGUUCUUCAUGUUUCUUGGAACGAUGCUGUGGCCUUUUGUGCUUGGGCAGGAAAACGGUUACCAACUGAAGCCGAAUGGGAAUAUAGCUGCCGGGGAGGUCUUGAAAACAGACUUUUUCCCUGGGGAAACAAACUUCAUCCAAAUGGUCAGCACUAUGCAAAUAUUUGGCAGGGAGAAUUCCCUAGAAGCAAUACAGAGGAAGAUGGCUACAAAGGCACUGCAUCUGUAACAGCAUUUCCUCCAAAUGGUUAUGGCUUGUACAACAUUGUGGGAAAUGCCUGGGAGUGGACAUCAAAUUGGUGGGAAAUUAAUCAUUCUGCAGAUGAAACAUACAGCCCGAAAGGACCUUCAGAAGGGUCUGACCGAGUGAAGAAAGGUGGAUCCUAUAUGUGCCAUAAGUCCUAUUGCUAUAGAUAUCGAUGUGCAGCCCGAAGCCAAAAUACGCCUGACAGCUCCGCUUCCAAUCUGGGGUUCCGUUGCGCUGCUGACAAUCUGCCAGACUACUUAAAGUGACAAAGCUUGACAGCUCUGGAGGACAGAGAGAUCUCACCAGGUUUUGCGAAAAAGGAUGCAGCUCGAAGAUUCUACAUUUGUUUUGCCAAAACAGAAGACUCUGGAAAUUCUGAAUAUUUCAGCCAGCAGCUUUUGUUUUCUUUGAUCCCUGGUUGCAUUUCCAUUUAAUGCACGUAACGUGAAAUACAUUUGAUUAUUGAACUACUUUAAAUGAAGAACUAAAUCAUA